GUUCUCACUAAAGCUCCACUACUGUAACGCAACCUGAUAACAAAAUGGUAUUGACAAGGGCCAGUGUAAAGAAAACAGACUUCUCUGAAACAGACUCGGAAGGAAAACAGUCAAAGAUUGAGAUUACCUCAACAAAAGAAUUGUAUGUUGAAUCCGACGAAGAUUCAGACGACGAAGCUCCAGAAGCCAUUUCUACGUCAACUGCAAAAUCCUCUGCAUUGCAGACUGCACAGGCCAAACGAGAAGCUCAAGCAAAACUUGCUGCAGAAGAAAAGGAAAAACGACGACUAAGAGAUCAGCGCUUAAAGGAGCAGAAGCAGACAAGCAAAAAAGCAACUAAAUCAAAAAAGGAAGAAGUAAAAGAUACGAUUGAUGAAGAGGCUGAAGCAGAUAACGAUACAGCUGAACCUGAGGCACCAAAGACCGGCGAAUUGCCUAAACUUCUUCCCCAAGACUUCUUGCAGCAAUAUGCCAAAGAAGAAAAGGCUGAGAAGAAAAGAAUGCACUUGUCGGCCAAGGAUUUUGAGAGAAUAGCCGAAGAAGAGGAGCUCAAGGAACAAAAGCAAAACAGUAAGAAGCGUCAUUUGUCGCAAGGUCGUCAAGUUGGAGAAUACACUGUCAAAGUACUUUCAAAACGACCAAAGCCUCAACCAAUAGAUCAGUCCUUGGUUGACUUCAGAAAUCAACAUUUCUCCCGCGUUGAUAUACCAAGACGAGAUGCUGUAUUGAAUGCUAGCCAAGGCCGAAAAGGUGGUGCAACUACAUUUGCAAGAAGUGGAACGGUCAGUAACAAGCGGAAGUAAUUGGGUCCCCGUUGGAUGGCUUCUCCAUUGCAUGAUUCCCCCCACGUCACACUUCAUUUAGUACCAUCAUUAGGGCAAUUGCUGAAACAUAGAAAUGCAUUGGAU